ACACGGUAUCAGGCAUUCCUCGGACAAACAUCUCUCAUUUUUUUCUUGUUCUUAUAAAACUCCCGCGUGAGCUUUCGAGCAACGAUAUAGCAUAAGUCAACAGAUUUGCAGAGUGAAAUCUAAAAUUAAAGCCAUUAAAUCAAACAUUCAUUGUUAUAUAUUCCCCAACUCUUUUAGUCCCAUCGUGAUAAUAAAAAAUUCAACAACAUCGCAGUGUUGGCUGCUUUAGUUUUUUUCAACCAUGUCGACUUUGUAUGAUCAGUCGAGAACUGCCCGCGAAGAGAGUAGCAUCCCACAAGAAAAGCUCUCCACGAGGGAUGUGCAAUCUCUAACGUAUUCAUUCAGUGAAACCACCAACACCCUACCCCUUACAAAUUGCAAAGAAAUCGUCAAGAUGCAUACCCCAGUGUCAAGUCUUUCGGGAUUCGUUACAAUCCUUGUGGUGCAAAUUAUUUUUGGAAUUGUUUUUGGUGCUUUCUCCGAGUACGGAAAGGAAGUUCUACCGCCCAAGGAUGGGGAAGUGUUGCCCACGAAUUUAGGAAGUUAUCCACACUUCCAAGACAUCCAUGUGAUGAUCUUUAUUGGUUUUGGCUUCCUGAUGACCUUCCUCAAAAAAUAUGGAUACAGUGCGACGGGAUUCAAUCUACUGGUGGCAUCACUUAUGGUACAAUGGGCCCUCAUUGCAAGGGGUUGCUUCGAGAUGGAAGAAGGAAAAAUUAGAAUCACCCUGGGGGGUAUGGUUGGAGCAGAUAUUGCUUCAGCGACUGUUCUGAUCUCCAUGGGUGCUCUCCUGGGAAGAACAACACCAAUUCAGCUCCUCCUAAUGGGUCUCUGUGAAAUAGCUGUUUUUGCCGCUAAUGAAUAUUUUCAACUGGAAUACAUGAAAAUUGCUGAUGUUGGCGGAUCAAUCACCGUUCACGCCUUUGGUGCCUACUUUGGCCUUGCUGUUAGCUUCAUCCUACGCUCGAAGAAAAGUGAUCUCACCACCACAAAUAAUCUCGAAGGACCAUCCUACACGUCUGAUGUGUUCGCCAUGAUUGGAACAAUUUUCCUCUGGAUCUUCUGGCCAAGUUUCAAUUCAGCCCUCGUUUCGGGAGCCGAUCAGGAGCGUGCUAUUAUCAAUACAUACUUGGGCUUGGCAGCUGCUACGGUGGUUACGUUUGUUCUAUCGGUGCUUGUUAGUCAUGAGCAUAAACUUGACAUGGUUCACGUGCAGAACUCCACUCUAGCUGGUGGUGUAGCUGUGGGAUCUGUCUGCAAUCUUCUCAUUCAUCCGUAUGGUGCUGUUCUUAUUGGUUCCUUGGCAGGAUUGAUUUCCGUUCUUGGGUAUCGAUACCUUAGCCCGGGUAUGCUCAAUAAACUCCGUCUGGCGGAUACGUGUGGUGUUCACAAUCUACAUGGAAUGCCUGCUGUUCUCUCUGCUGUCUUCUCGGCGAUCUUCGCAGCAGCAGCAUCAACGACCGAAUAUGGUGAUUCUCUGUACACAAUUUUCCCCGCAAUGAGAUCAAAUUUAACGCACAUCGGUGGGGAGCAUCAUGAUGAGCCAAUUCCUUUUGGGGGAUACGGACGAAGUGCAGCACAACAAGCUGGCUACCAAUUGUUGGGAAUCUUGUCAACUGUUGCUAUUGCGAUUGUGGGUGGAUUGCUCACGGGUGUGGUGCUACGAUCACCAAGUGUACGUGCUAUUCCACGAGACAAGCAGCACGAUGACGAGGAUUCGUGGGAAGUGCCGGCACCAUAGAAACACCAGACGAAGAUGCUCAAUUCGUAUCUCUUACAUAAUAUAACUUCUCAAUUUGAAAUUGAAUCUAAUUUGCGAUACAUUGCUAAAACAAACUCAACAAUAUUUACCUGAAUCAUUUGAAAUCACUCUCGCGAAAAUGGCAAAAAUGUAUUAUAUUUGAAAUUUAUUCUAUUUGUGUUUAUUUCAUUUGUUAGCAUAAUUUAGCAUAAAAAAUAUUAACCAGUCAUGAGAACGCAAAAAUUAUCCCAUGUUAUCAUACAUGUUUAUCGAAAUUUCUUUGAACAAUUUGUUCUACUUUCGCAAUUAAACUCUCUGUACAUUUAUUUGUAUUAUCUGUUUUGUGUUCGAGAAAGAAAAAAAAAACAUUGUAAUAAUUGACAAUGGAAAUAAAAUGUUUCCGUAAGUGACAAA